AUGUGCCAAGGAACAAAAUCACAGGCAGUGGAGCAGCCAACUACCCUUCAAGGUUUCCUUUUGACUGUCAGCUAUGUCCUGCUUCCCUACCAGAAAAAGCUUUCCCUUCUCUUCUCUUGCACCAAGUAUCUGCAGAUACCAGCCAUGGAUCACCAAACUAAGUUUGCCGUGCAGAAGAUUGUUGUGUCGCUCCAGUCGGCGGAUGAGAUCUUGGACAGAGCUUCUGAAGAGAAAGCAGAAAUGAUUUCUUGCCGAUCGAAUCUUGAUCCCAAGGAUGGGCUGGAAUUCCUGGAAUUGGAGGCUCAUAACAUUCAUGAUCUGGCCAAGGAGGUGGAGAUCAGGCUCUCGGAGCACAGGGAGAAGGAAAGGAAGGAGAGAUGCAGGAUGGAGAGUAUGAUAUCAAGCUUAAAGAAGGAGAACCAGGAUAUUAGGAGCAUGUUGGAGGUUGCUGUGACCGAGAAGGAGGCGGCGGAGAAUAGCCUUCGUGUGUUGAAGGACGACGUCGAUCAGAGAAGAAGUUCAAUAUUGCAGAUUGCUGAGAAGGGGUUGCAGAAGGUUGGCUUUGGCUUCAUCAUGGAGGUGAUAAGUGGAGAAACAGAAGGAGAUGAGAUGAGUAGCUCCAGUGCCAGUGCAGCAUCUAAUGGAAGCGAAAGUAAACAGGAGGUUGACAGUCUGGCUUCAAUAGUUGGUAAGACACUGAAAAACCUGCAUCAUGAGAUCAAUGACCUCAGACAGGCCUUAGACGAGUCCAGGUCAGACUGCGAUCAUUUGCAACUCCUUGCUGCUCAACAGGCUCAGAAGAUAGUCAAACACGAGUCGCACAUACAGGAUCUGAGAGAACGGGAAAUUCUCCUACUUCAAAGUGUAUAA